CGGACAUGAACUGGGGUUCAGGUUUGAAAAGAGAAAACCUGGAAUCAAAGCCGUCUGUCAGAUUAUUUUUACCAGAUUCAAUGUCCUUCAGAACAUAAUGUCCGCAGGAACAGGACGUGGAACCCAAAUUGAACGGUAAACCUGAAUUCAACCUAGAUUUCUUUACCAACCUUGAGUGAUCUAGGCUCAAGAGUCUGACGAACACAAGCCAUUGACAUGACAAGAGCGAAACCCCAAAUAUAAAUCCAGCGAAACAUCGUCCAGUCGAAGAAGUUGGUGCUUGAUUUGCUUCUCCACCACCGUAUUCGGCGAAGGGCUUACUUUGCCGCCUGAUUGCUUCCUAAAUCCCGGCGACCACGGAGAGAGAGAGAGAGAGAGAGUGAGAUAUGGAUGAUGAUGAGGGGGGAAUGCGAUUGAGCAAGAGGUUCUCGGACAAAGGCGGGGAGGUAGACUACAAGACGAAGGCAGGCACUGCCUGGAGCCAUUCCUACCUCAACCAGAAGCCAUGGCACCCUCUCUCCUACCCGAACCAGCGGCGCAAGUGGAUCGCCGAGCAGCUCGAUGCCCAACGCCAGCGUCGCACGGAAGAGGUCGCCCGUGAGUUUGCUCAGGAACAAGAGUUCUUUCGACAAACAGCUUCUAUCUCAAAUAAGGAAAAAGAGAAGGUUGAGAUGAUGCAGGCAGUCAGUUUUAUGUAUGUUCGGCCUCCUGGUUAUAAUGCAGAAAGUGCUAAAGCUGCAGAGCUGGAGGAUGAAAGAAAGCAGUUAGCUCAAAAUGAUGCUCAUCAAGGAACUGCUGAUGCUCCUCCUAUACAGAAGGAGAGUUCUAGCAGCAAGGGUCCAUCGAAGGAUGAUAAAAAGAAGCCCAGGCCAAAAGAUGUUUUUGGGCGCCCAUUGCCUACUGAAGAAGAAUUUGAAAUUCUGAAAAAUGCUCCAAGACUUGAGACAGGUGUACCUAUGAGGAUUAAACCUUUUGCAGUUGAAGUUCGUAAUGUUAAAUGUGUCCGUUGUGGAACAUAUGGUCACCAAAGUGGUGAUCGAGAGUGUCCUUUGAAGGACGCUAUAAUGCCUAAUGAAGAGAGUCGGCUUAAAAGAGAUGAUCCUUUAACAGUCAUCAUGGCACACACUGAUGCAAGUGAGCCUCUUAAAUGGGAAUUGAAGCAAAAGCCAGGAGGCUUGAGUCCUGCCCGUGGUGGAUUUAGACCAGAUGAUCCCAAUCAGCAGAUUGUUGCAGAAGACAUAUAUGAUGAAUAUGGAGGAUUUCUGGAUGGAGGCGUUCCUGACUUGUUCACUAAGUUCUUGGGGAAGGAGAAGCAUUCCAAAAGAAAAGAAAGGAGUAAGAAGUCAUCAACAAAUGCUGGUGAUUCUAAGGAUCAUGAUCAAGAUAAUGUGGUCGACGUAAGAAGUGAAAAGAAGAAGAAAAAGAAAAAGAAAAAGCAGCGAGUAGAUUCAGGUUCAAGCUUAUAUUCUACUUCAGAUUCAGAUCAAGAACAGAGGAAACGGAAGCAUCAUUCUCAUUCAAGUGCAUACUCUAGCUCAGAUUCAGAGAAACGGCAGGAACGUCGUCGAAGUGGCAAGGUGGAUGUAAGAAGCAAAAGGCACAAGCACAAGAAAACACGGCAUGAAGAUCAUGAUUCAAGUUCAUAUUCAGAUUCAGAUUCUGUUUACAACCCAAGGAAGGUAAAGCAUCGUCGUCUCCAUUCUAGUCCUUACUCUACCUCUGGUUCAGGACAUCGGAGGAAAAGGAAACACCACCAUGCCUAUUCAGAAUCAUCUUCUGGCUCAGAGUCAAAUCGCCACAGGAGGAACAUAUGCAGAUGAUAUUCCUUCCACCAAGAUCUUGUGUGUAAUUUUUCCCAUAAUGUCUGUUAAGUUGUGUACCUUUGAGGUUCUCUUGCAGGUGCAUUAUACGAGCAGGGAGAGAGCUGUAGUAUGUGUAGCUAAAAUUUGUCAAUAGAAUUGGCUGCUCUCCUUUUCCCUUGAUUA